AUGCCUUCCGACAAGACGAUCGGAGGCGGCGACGACGCUUUCAACACCUUCUUCUCGGAGACUGGCGCGGGCAAGCACGUCCCGCGCACCGUGUUCGUGGAUCUGGAGCCCACCGUGAUCGACGAGGUCCGCACUGGCACGUACCGCCAGCUCUUCCAUCCCGAGCAGUUGAUUUCUGGGAAGGAGGACGCGGCCAACAACUUCGCGCGCGGCCACUACACGAUCGGCAAGGAGAUCGUUGAUCUCGUCUUGGACCGCAUUCGCAAGCUCGCCGACAACUGCACAGGACUCCAGGGAUUCAUGAUCUACAACGCCGUCGGCGGAGGAACCGGAUCUGGGCUGGGCUGCCUGAUGAUGGAGCGCCUGUCGGUGGACUACGGCAAGAAAACCAAGAUCUCGUUCACGGUGUGGGCGUGCCCGCAGGUUGCCACGGCGGUGGUGGAACCUUAUAACACUGUGCUUUGCGUGCACUCUUUGCUGGAGCACACGGACGUUACUAUAAUGUACGACAAUGAGGCGUUAUACGACAUUUGCAGGCGGAAUCUCGACAUCGAACGCCCCACCUACACCAACUUGAACAGGCUUUUGGCCCAGAUCAUCUCUUCGCUGACCGCGUCGCUGCGCUUCGACGGCGCUCUCAACGUGGACGUCACCGAGUUCCAGACCAACCUGGUGCCGUAUCCCCGCAUCCACUUCAUGCUCUCGAGCUACGCGCCAGUGAUCUCCGCAGAGAAGGCUUAUCACGAGCAGCUCUCCGUGGCGGAGAUCACCAUGUCCGUCUUCGAGCCUGCGUCGAUGUUCGUCAAAUGCGACCCCCGCCACGGUAAGUACAUGGCGUGUUGCAUGAUGUACCGCGGCGACGUGGUGCCCAAGGACGUGAACGCGUCGGUCGCGACGAUCAAGACGAAGCGCACGAUCCAGUUUGUGGACUGGUGCCCCACGGGGUUCAAGUGCGGCAUCAAUUACCAGCCGCCCACAGUGGUGCCUGGCGGUGACUUGGCCAAGGUGAUGCGCGCGUGCUGCAUGAUCAGCAACUCCACGGCCAUCGCAGAGGUGUUCUCGCGCAUCGACCAUAAGUUCGACCUCAUGUACUCCAAGCGCGCGUUCGUACACUGGUACGUCGGCGAGGGCAUGGAGGAGGGUGAGUUCUCCGAGGCCCGCGAGGAUCUGGCCGCGCUGGAGAAGGACUACGAGGAGGUUGGCAUCGAGACCGCCGAGGGGGAGGGCGAGGAGGAAGGCUACGGGGACGAGUUCUGA